GGGGAAGUGGGUGGCACCCGUCAGAGUGACGCUGCAGCAGGAAGGCGGAGAAAUUGAGUUAAGCUAAAUAUCCCACCAGAGGAAAUAAAAUGGUACAAUGGAGGACAGUGACGAAUCUGACGAAGAUGUUGAAAUCAAAGGUCCAGCUCCAGCGAAAGAUGCAGCAGGUCCAACUCCAGUGAAAGAUGCAGCAGGGAAAUCAACUUUUGAUACCAAAACAGCUGUUAUUCUCUGGUCUUCCACAGUCAUGUUCGCUUCUUCUGCCAUCUUGUGCACUCUGUAUUACGUUUACUUAAAUAAAAUCACUCAGACAAUUCAGUCUAUGGAGACGAUUCGAUCGUUUCUGACUAUUGGAAAUUAUACGAAUGAAGAAAUGAAUGAUACAGCUGUAUUGGGUGUAGCUUUUGCAUUGGUAAAACAGCUGGAAUCCACUCUCAAGGAAAUGGAAGAGAUAGAAGAAAACAUGGAAAUGAUAAAGGAGAAGAUAAAAUCAGGGUGGAAAGGUUUUCAAGGUCAUCUCUAUUAUAUUUCUGAAUCAACCAUGAUAUAUCCUGAAGCUAUUCUUGAAUGUGAGGACCUGGACUCCGUUUUGGCUCCAAUAUUUGACCUCGAGACAGAACACUUUGCAGAAUUUAUGACUAAAUUCUCAAGAACUGGUGUGUGGAUUGGACUUCAGAAGAAGAAAGAGUGGACAUGGGUUCAUGACAACUCAACUUUGAAAACAGGUUUCUGGAAAGGAGGAGCACCAAGUUCCAAGGAAAUGUGUGUUGAAAUUGAAAAAGAUUGUACCGACAAAGGAAAGUGCUGGAAUAGCAUUUCUUGUGACCAAACCAAACAUGCCCUUUGUAGACUGGAUGCAAAUCCACAAUGGAUAUCUUAAGAUACGGUUGUCCCAAUCUCUACGCAAAAGCACCAACCCAUGAAACUUUCAUAUUUUUUUGCAAAACCAAGAGCUAAGCCAUUUAGGUUGCCACCUUGCAGAUAAGAGUGCCAUCCUGCUGCUUUUCCAACUGGCUUCUUCCAUGCCGCAAAAAAGAUUUCUGUGUGAAUUGGUGAAGUGCAACAGAGGAGGCCUCACGAGCACAAAGGCUUCAGUCAAAACACAUGUUCUGUUGCCAGAGAUUGGUGCCAGAGAUGGAAUCAGAUGAUUGAUUAACAUUGGCUUCCUCACAUUCUCCUUCUCCAAAGACCACCCUUUCCUUCUGAUCCAACUUCUUAGCAUUAAAAGAUGUCAAAAUGCAUAA